AAGACUGCAAUCUUUCUCAAUUGGUUUUAUUUCCGAAGGCACGGAUUGCUCCGGCAGACGCGACCUCGUCCGUAUUUGUUCACUGAUGUGCCAAGCCUGCUCUCUCGUCCUCGGCCAGACUUCUGUGUCAUUGUGAAAACCCCUCACUCUCCCAUCGCAACGCCCAGCCCCGCACACCGCCGCGGAAAGUUCCCAGAUAAGUCACUACAGAUAACAAAAGGAAUCCCGGUCCCUCCGGAGUUCAUUGCCAACGCUGGGAUCAGAUGGGGAUAUUCUGUAUGUUCCUGUCUGAUCCGCUCAGACCGGAGUACGAGAUGCGAUGACAGCACCCUGGAUUAAAGACAUCUCCCCUCCAACCUUGCUCGAGGUCGCAAACAGUUCAGCGCAAUGUCGCCGGUUCGAGACCUGACCCAUAUGUAAACGGCCUCUGAUGUCCCACGGGUCGGGUGGCGGGAAGUCGCUGCUAAUUCCGCUCGUCCUGCGGUGCAUCAGUUCAAGGUAACUGCAAGGAGGAGUCCGCAGCCCCGGAUCCCGCUCUCAGUCAUUCCCGGCGUACAAAUCCACUCAGAAAUCUACCGUAACUAAUCCGCAUCCGUUUCGUCUAGAAUAUCUCGCUAGUCUGAGCCUAUGAUUUGCUUUAGGAAAAACAAAGAUCUCACGGGUCCUUGUGGAGUGCGAUGACUUGUGGGAAAUUCACGGCGGUCCGACUCCGGGGAGUGAAGCCCUCGACCCAGUCUGGCGUGUGAUCCCGAACCCAGCAACGCCCGGGAAGAGGUCAGCUGGACCGCUGUAGUAAAUGCCAGCACAUCUCAGUGAGCAGAGACCGGACUGUUCAAACCCCGAGGCUCGUCUGAACUUUGUGCAAGCGGGGUGAAGCUGUCAGGGUGGGGAGAUCAAAGGCCGUCUGGUCCGCUCUGGAGCUUCGGGGAACUUGAACGGACGUUGGUAGAAUGCAGCCCCGUGUUCGUGGAGUUGGAGUAGGAUAAGACCGCGACUAACCGUUCGAGAGAGAAAGCGAAGAGUCUGAACCAGACCAGGGGCGAAGAAGUGCGGGCAAAUCUCGCUCAGAAGGUGGUUCCGCAUCUGUUCUCCUGGUUACCAUGGUGAAUGAGACAUCUCGAACCUGGGAUCCUAAGUUUGAGGAUCAAGCUAUUAAUGUGAACGUUGGAGGGCUGAAGAGGAAGCUGAGCUCCAGCACGCUGUCUAAGUUCCCUAAUACCAGGCUUGGCCAGCUACUCACCUGUGACUCGGAGGAGUCCAUCCUCCGAAUCUGCGAUGACUAUGACGUCUCCAAGAGGGAGUACUACUUCGACAGGCACCCGGGGCUCUUCCCGUACGUCCUCAACUUCUACCGGACUGGGAAGCUGCACUUGAUGGAGGAGCUCUGCGUCUUCUCGUUCUCACAGGAGAUCGAGUACUGGGGCAUCAACGAGUUCUUCCUGGACUCCUGCUGCAGCUACCGAUACCACGAGCGCAAGACUGAGAGCAGACGCAAGAACUGGGAUGAGGAGAGCGACGUCAGCAGCAUUGACACCUCCCCGGAUGACAUCUCCAAUUUUAACCAGGACUUGCUGAGAUUCGAAGGGAUGAAGUACGGAAACUGCCGGAAGCAGCUCUGGUUGACGUUGGAGAACCCUGGAUAUUCCAUCCCCAGCAGGCUCUUCAGCUUCAUGUCCAUCAGCGUUGUGCUGGGCUCCAUCGCCACCAUGUGCAUUCACAGCAUGUCCAAGUAUCAGCACUUCGAUGAAUUUGGGGUGGAGAUCGAUGACCCCAGGCUACAGAUCGUGGAGUACUUCUGCAUUGCCUGGUUCUCCAUGGAGGUGUGUUCACGGCUGCUCCUGACCCCCAACGUCAAGAGGUUCUGCUUCCACCCACUCAACAUCAUUGACAUCAUCUCAGUACUCCCAUUCUAUAUCACCCUGCUGGUGGACCUGAUCUUUGGACGGUCCAUGGACUUGGAGAACUUGGGGAAAGUUAUCCAGAUCCUCCGGCUGAUGAGGAUCUUCCGGGUGCUCAAGUUAGCACGCCACUCUACGGGACUGCGAUCGUUAGGGGCAACCUUAAAGCAUAGUUACCGGGAAGUCGGGAUCCUCCUUCUGUACCUGGGCGUGGGCGUGUGUGUCUUCUCCGGCAUGGCGUACACGGCAGAGAAGGACGAGGACGUUGGACUGGGCACCAUCCCAGCCUGCUGGUGGUGGGGCACAGUAAGCAUGACCACGGUGGGCUAUGGGGAUGUGGUGCCCAUCACAGUGGCCGGUAAGCUGGCCGCGUCAGGCUGCAUCUUGGGCGGCAUCCUGGUCGUGGCCCUGCCCAUCACUAUCAUCUUCAACAAGUUCUCCCACUUCUACCGGCAGCAGAAGGCGCUGGAGGAGGCGGUGCGGGGCAGCCGCAGGGUGCGGAGAGAGGCGGGCAGCGACGGGAAGGACGAGGGCGAGGAGGCGGGGCAGCAGGAUGACAGUGCGCCACAAGAUGCCGCUGGAGUGGGGGACCACAAACCCACCACAAAGUAAGGCUGGCAGCCUCACAAGAGGACCCUCCUACCGAAUCUAUAUUAGAUCACAGGGCUUUCUUCACCCAGGAACAUUCCGAAAAAAUAAGGACUGUUGUCAGAACUUUAACAUUGUCACACUUCCAUUCACCCUUGAGAAGUUCAAGACAACCUCAAUAUGGAGGGUGUGGUGCACUUCCCCAGUUUGUUGGCCAGACAGUUGGGCACGCUGCCUGUUCCAACACUCUGCCAGUGGGCUAAUGUCCCCACUGGAGACCCAGGAAAUCCCUCAUUUUUACCAUUCCCCACCAUCAUCCUAACCUUGUUACACACAGCAAUAAUUGUAAUACACCCUCAGUGGGGAAGACCGAUCACAAUCUUCAAUGGGGAAGAGCGAUCACAAUCCUCAAUGGGGAAGACCGAUCACAAUCCUCAAUGGGGAAGAGUGAUCACAAUCCUCAAUGGGGAAGAGUGAUC